GUUUCGAGAACGGUUCCGAACGGUAAUAUUGGUGGGAGAGCUACGCGUUACCACAGUUUCUUUAAAUCUAUUGCACAGUCGGAGAGGACGUGUUGCACUGCGAGUACGCUUCCACGAACGACUUUUCUGCUGACACAGAUUUUCGAGCCGAGUUUGAUAGAAUUCCCAUGGUCGAGCGUGCCUUUUAGCGCCCUGCGAGUCAUCGAAAAAUGGUGGAUAUUCUUGCGAGAGUCUCUACGUCAAAUCAGUAUCGAACGAAUUUGCGAAUCGUCGCAGGAACAGUUGUGUAAUACUUCACGCUUAUUGGUAAUUCUAUCGAAGAACUUUAUCCGAUCAAAAUGGUAAAGGAAACUACCUUUUAUGAUGUCUUGGGCGUGAAGCCGGAUUGUUCACCAGAAGAUCUAAAGAAAGCGUAUAGAAAACUUGCGCUCAAGUAUCAUCCUGAUAAAAAUCCUAAUGAAGGCGAAAGGUUCAAACAAAUCUCUCAAGCUUACGAGGUUUUAUCAAACCCAGAAAAAAAACGCAUUUAUGAUCAAGGUGGUGAACAAGCCUUGAAAGAAGGUGGAAUGGGAGGAAAUGGCUUCUCUUCUCCUAUGGAUAUCUUCGAUAUGUUCUUUGGUGGAGCUUUCGGUGGUAGGAGUGGUAGAAGGAGGGAACGAAAAGGCCAAGAUGUCAUACAUCAGCUCUCUGUAUCGUUGGAAGAGCUUUAUAAUGGAACUGUUCGCAAAUUAGCAUUACAAAAAAAUGUUAUUUGUGAUAAAUGUGAAGGUAUCGGGGGGAAAAAAGGUUCCGUAGAACAAUGCACAUCAUGCCAUGGAAGUGGCAUGCAGGUACAGAUACAACAGUUAGGCCCAGGAAUGUUGCAACAUAUGCAAACGAUGUGCUCCGAAUGUAAAGGUCAGGGUGAGCGCAUCAAUCCGCGUGAUCGUUGUAAGCAAUGUGUGGGAAGAAAAACAAUGAGAGACAGGAAAAUUUUGGAGGUACACGUUGACCCAGGUAUGAUGGAUGGACAAAAAAUAGUUUUCAGUGGCGAAGGAGACCAAGAGCCCGAACUAGAAGCGGGCGAUAUCGUUAUUCUUUUGGAAGAAAAAGAACAUGAUGUAUUCAAACGAUCGCGAAAUGAUUUAGUAAUGCGAAUGCAUUUAGAACUAGUGGAAGCACUUUGUGGUUUCCAAAAAAUUAUUCGUACCUUGGAUGGUAGAGAUUUGGUCAUCACCUCUCUUCCUGGUACGGUAACGAAGCAUGGUGACGUUAAGUGUGUCCUAAACGAGGGUAUGCCAAUUCACAAAGAUCCAUUCACGCACGGCAAACUUAUCAUUCAAUUUGUUGUGAAUUUUCCUAAAUCUAUUAAUCCAACUGUAAUUCCAACUCUCGAACAAUGUUUACCUAUGAGGGAGGAAGUUUUAAUUCCGGAUGGAGCCGAGGAGGUUCUCCUUACCGAUUUGGACCCUGAACAGGAACACAGGCGGAGAGAUCAACGACCAGCGUAUGAGGAAGAUCAGGGAGGUCCAUCACGGGUCCAAUGUGCCACGCACUAAACUUAGUUACUCAGAUCUUAAUAAACAUGGCCACUUUCUCAUUUCUAACUAUUGUCCCAUUCGUUCGAUUCUGAGUCAUACAUAAUAAAAUGAAAAAGAACAUACGACGGAUAUUAAGAAUGAGAGUAUCCUUCGACCGCAGUGAAAAAGAAUUUAAAUAUAAUCGAUAUUUGAAUAUGCGCACGGCCGUAAGAGAACAACGUUUAUAAAACAACAAAUCAUGGACUAACAUGGGCGUGUCAUCGAGAUACAUUCAAUGUUUUAUUUAUCCGUCAUACCAUAAAUAUCAAGGCAUUGUACAUUUUCGAAAACAAUGCUAACUCGAAUCCGGUAGUAAUGCUUACUGUAGGUAAUCGCUAAUGAAGUAUACUUAUCACUAAAUGGAACGAUAAAAGAAAGUAAACAGUAAUGAUUUAAUAUAACAUUGCAUUAAAUUAGUCAUAAAUCAAUAUGUAACUCGUCGCAAAGUGUUGUAACAUUCAACUUCCGAAACAAUCUCUGAAUCUUUUUUCUGCAAUCAGACGUUUAGUGGCUCUCAUUUAGAUAUCGGUAAACAUAAUAACAUUACGAUCACAUGUGAUGAUAUUAUUGCCAGGGAUGGACAAUUUUUCCACCGCGGGUCAUACAGUCCUCGUCAUUGAUCGAUCGGUUCCUCUCCUCACUAUUUGAAUCAAUUAACCACUUCAUACUUAAAAACAAAAAUUGUGCAGCUUACAGGGUACGAUGGUAAUUGUUAAAUAGUGGAGAUCGGCUUCUUCCAUCUUACCGGAACGGGCAAGUAGGACUUAAAGCCGCAUGCGAUCCGCGGAUCGUUGUCCAUCCCUGUUAUAAAUCAUAUAAAUGAUUUGUAUUGAAACAUGUAAAAUCCGUGCUGUUCGUUUAUUGUCGUUAAUUAUUCACGAUUCAUGAGUCUGAUCUGUUUGUAAUUAUGUCUGUCUCGGUACGAAAUAAUAAAGUGUCGUCAUAGCAAAGUUUAUCGCUAGAUGCGAUAAUAUAUUGAGAUGUGAUGCCAAAAAAUCACAGAAAACAGCUUACAGUAAUAAUAAUGGGACAUUAUUCCAUAUAAAUAGUAUUUCAAUUUAUGUGUCUCUGAGAAAGCUCGUGAUCUAAGAAGAAAAGAAAAUAAAAAAUUGCGGAGAGAGAGAGAGAGAAAGAGGCAGCAAUGAAUCACGUUCCUGUAUGUGUGGACAAAUGCGCGUAUUGCAAAACUUUUUAUUUGUGUAAUUUCGUGACAUUGUUUCUAAUAUCGUAUAUUUAUAAGAAUAAUCAAUACUUAGACGCAGAAGACCUAAAGUAUGUUUCUUUUCGAUGGAUAUUAAAAUACAAUUGGUUUUAAAAGGCGUGUCAAUAUUUUUGACUCCUUGAUUGAUGUAUCGUAUUGUGAUUCUCUAAAUUUUUUAUUCGCGUCUAUUAAGUUUAUAAAUAUAACUUGAGAGAGAGAGAGAGAGAGAGAGAAAGAAAUGUGCAGAAAUGACUAGCUUAUUUGUAUAAUUUAAAAAUGGACGUGCGCGCUUUGUGUCACCGAUUUUAUUACGAGGAGAAAUAAAGUUGCAGAAAAAUUGUUCUCUUUCGAUUAUUGUAUCGUAACAUCGAUAUCGAACGAAAGAAAAAAAAAAAAAUGGUAUAAAAAAUUGGUCGACUAUUUUCGUCCGAUCGCGCAGCAAUUUUUGCAGUAUGCAAAAUGUCUUCUUCACAAUUAGCAUAAUCCAUGAAGCAUUCGUACCACAAGCGUUGAAAUACAACUUAAAUACAUUCGCGUAAAUUUAUGACACGCAAAAGUAUUUAUCACUUCACGGUCGUAUACUACAGUAAGCUAUAACUAUAAAGAUUUGCAAAUGAAUAGUCGCAUAUUUCUUGUAACCUUAUUUAUUAUAGACAAAUUGGUGAUUAGUCAUUUUUUGAGGCAUCUGAAUAAAUUGGACGAAGCAUAACGUAUAAUAAGUAACGAA